AUGGAUAUGCCAGUUAAUGUUCCCGUUGAUAACCCUAAUGCCGACACGGAAUGGAAUGAUAUCCUCCGUAAACAUGGUAUAAUUCCUGAGAAACCCCCUUCUCCCACGCCGAUUAUAGAAGAAGCGCUCCUGGAAGCCGCACAACGAGAACAUGAAAAUCGACUCGAGAAUAAGACUUUAGAUGAGCUUGAUGCGCUAGAAGAUGAGGAAGAAGCCGAGUUCCUUGCAAAAUACCGGUUCGCAAACCCUCACGCCCACCGAAAAUGUUUUGAUCCAGACAUAGAGAUAGAUAGACAUAUUGGUCGCUUUGAAGAGAUGUCUCUCCUCCAAAAAACAAGUAUCCACAACCAAGUCUACCCUCUCCAGAAACCUGAUUACGCAAAAGAUGUCACAGAGGCAUCGUCGAAAUAUUUCGUUCUAGUCAACCUCACCUCCUCGAGCGUUAAUAACAUUGAGUCGCAACUUCUCACUGAGCUGUGGCGCCAGCUAGCGAUGAAAUACGGAGACAUAAAGUUCUGCGAGAUACGCGCAGAUAUGUGUAUAGAGGGCUAUCCAGACCGGAAUACCCCGACAAUACUUGCCUAUAAGGAUGGAGACAUCAAAAGGCAAUUAGUCACUCUUAAGGAACUUAGAGGGCCAAAAACUACCCUUGAAGAUCUUGAAAAGCUCCUUGUCUCUUUAGGAGCUAUCAAUGAAAAUGACAGCCGUUUGAGGCAGGAUCCCACUCCCAAACCAGCUGAUAGCGAUGACGAAUAUCUUGAUGAUUGGGAUUGA